AAUUUGCUGUACCAGUAUCCUUGUUGCCCGCCUGACGCUUUCACGAAUAUCAAAGAAUUUUAUUUAAAUAGUCGAUUAAACACUAUAUUAGAAGAAGACAAAAAAUGUAAAGUAGCUCUUAGGAAUUGGUGCGCUAUUAUACGGGACUGGAGUAUUAAUGAAUUCGUUGAAUAUUAUAAUAAACCUAACGUAAAACCGUAUUUUAACGCAUACGCUAGAGGUCCUGGAACAGUUUAUUACGAUAUCGAUGAAUCCGUUUCAAUAGCUUCCGAGUUAUUGAUGUAUCAAUUUGAAAACAACGAAGGUCUUAUUUGUAGAUUUUUGCAAACUCUAGUCAACAUAUUGGAUAAAAAAAUUCCGAAAAGAAAUAGCAUGCUAAUACAUUCUCCUCCCAGCGCGGGCAAAAAUUAUUUUUUCGAUGCCGUAGCCGCCUUUUUUUUGAAUUACGGUAUGUUCGGAACUGCCAACAAAACGAAUAAUUUCAGUUUUUCCGAUGGCGCCGGCAAACGUCUCGUAAUUUGGAACGAACCUAAUUACUAGGUGUAUCAUUUGGAAAAAAUGAAGGAACUAUUAGGAGGGGAUACCACUAGAGUGCAUGUUAAAUACAAAAACGAUGUUCCCCUACAAGGGCCCCCGAUAAUAUUAUUGACCAAUCACUAUUUAUCGAUAAUCAAUGACCCGUCGUUCAAGGACCGUUUAUCAGUGUACACAUGGAUUAGCGCACCUUUCCUAAA